UCGAUAAUCCUGUUGAGAGCUACUUAUGUCAAGGCACUGCUCUGACAUUAUUUCGGAGUGCUGUCCUAAGCAUCAGUUUAUUCAAAAUUAUUGUUAGUUCAAAAUUGUACCCCGAAAAUAUACUAAAGAUGUCGGAGGCCAAGGCAGAGACCAAGGGUAUGGUCAUGAUGUCUUGCGACUUUCAGAUCAAGGGACAAAUCCCAAAGGAGGCUUUCGAAUUGUUUGCUGCCGCACAGGCACAAAUAUUGGGAUUACGCGGCUACAUCAUGCAGGUGUCGGAGAAUUGCUUCCAAGGCCAACUGCAAGGACCUCAGCUCGUGAUUGAGACCUUUAAGCAGGUGAUCCUGUCGGUGGCCGAGUAUGUGGCUGCCGUCAAGGAGUUUGUCCUCCAGGCAGACUCCAAGCCAAGGAUCUUGCAGACUUUUCAGACAAACACAAAAAAGACAACAAUUGAAGUUAAUAAACAAAUCAGUUCAAAUUAAAAAUUUCCCCUUGGACCCCCGAAAA